UAAUUAUGAGUAUCGAACCAACAUUUCAUGGUUAUAUCGAAACGACACAGGACACACUUCUUAUAUUUGAAGCAUGUAGAAAAGGUUGCCUUACAAAGAUAUGUCGACGGCUUCAAGAGAAAGAGCGCAAGAUCAUAACAUCAGGAAGUGUGUUUGUAUUUGACGAACGCGAAUCCGGAAUAAAACGUUGGACUGAUGGUUUAGUAUGGAGCCCAUCAAGAAUUCUUGGAAAUUUUCUUAUUUAUCGAGAAUUAGAUAAACGUCCUCCUACUGGAAAAAAAGAUUCUUCUCCAGUAGAACGUCAAAGAAGUGAUAGUGUUGAUAUGGAAUCACAAUCUGAAAAAAAUAAAGAACGCGCAUUAGUUGGCAGUUUAACAAAUACUUAUCGUUUUAAAAAAGGUGGUUUAAUUAAAAAAACAAUGUCAAUCAUGGUUAACGGUGUUAGCCAACAUAUGAUUAGUUAUUAUACAAAAGAGGAUGUAUUGGCUGGUAAGCUCAAGACUCCAUCUUCAAUGCCAAACUUAGCCAUUCUCGAAAUUUCUCCAGAAUUCUUGUUAAAGCAAAAUUUUAGAAUACCUCCUGUUGUUGAAUCAAAUUAUGAACAAGAAUUAGAUGGUAUGACAUAUGGAAAACAAUCUUCUGCCUCACCACAUGCUAUUCUCCCAAAGCCAGGUGAUGGUACCGUGAGUCCCGCAAGACUAUCAAAUAUGGAUUUUUCUCCUUCUCGUAUAAAGAUGGAAAUGGAAGCAUCCAAUUCUUGUAUUCCUUCGCCUUAUUCUAAUUACUCAUCAACGAUGCAUCCAGCAUCUCAUUUUGCUCCAUAUGCUUCACAAGGUCAUGUUCCCAAUGAAUCUGAUGGGUCACAUACUUUUUCAAUGCCGCCAAUGCGUGUAUUAAUGAAUCGUCAAUCGUCUUUUCAUGAGUUUCCUCCUCUUACUUCUCAUGUUAAUAAUAUAACACCGUCACGGUUAUUAACAUCGCAUCAACAACCGUUAAUUCCUAGUAUUGGUUCUCAUCAAAAUGAUUAUAAUUAUCAUACACCGCAAAAUAACACAAACACACAAAAUUGGUCUGGUUAUCAAUAUCCACCAUAUUCAUCUAAUGCGCCACAUGCUCUUCAUCCAUCUAUUAGUCAUCAAGCACAAUCGAAUAAUCCUCAUGCGGAAACAAGCAACGAUAUGUUUUAUGCAAAUACUACCACUACUG